UUUGUGCAGAGUCGAGCGCUCACCUGCACACAAGAGUCGCGCAAACUUAGGAGCUGCCGCACUCCCACGAUCGCGAGACCUUGCAGGCAACCAGGACAAGGAGACGUUCAACAAUUUGCGGAGAAGAUUUUGGGCUCUCGCCUUCUCUCGUUGUGGUUCCUCGCCCAGGCUGCUGUGGCUGCCGCUCGCUCCGUCCGCCGAGAUGAGGACUGACCUGGCUCUGGUCCUGACAGCAGCCCUCCUCCUUCACACAUUCCGGGUGAAUAAUGGCGAGCAUUCCUCUGACGGCCCAUGCCAACCUGGCUUCUCACAGAGCUUCUAUUCUGUCUUGAUUCCAAGGGAUAUACUGCAAGGCCAGGUCAUCCGUAAAGGUGCCAAUGUGUCAUCCCAGAAAGUUAAGUUUGAUGACUGCGUGGGGAACACAGCAGUGGUUUUCAAGAGCAGCGAUCCCAACUUCAGUGUGUUGCCAGAUGGGUCCGUCUUUGCUCAGGGAGAGGGAGCUUCCUUGGAUGAGCCAGUCCAGUUUAAACUAACAGCAAGCGGUCCGUACUCACAAGUCUGGAAGACUGUUAUCCAGCUGGCACUGAUAGACCCCCCUUCACAUAAACAAAAUGAGAAUGAGGUCACAAUCGAAGAUGGAAAUGUUGCUGAAAGGAAAGAGAAGAAGGAAACAUUCAAAGCACCGCUUCCAGUCAUCAUGUUUUCGGGAGCCAGCCGGAACAGCUCCAAGGGUCUACGGAGGCAAAAGAGAGACUGGGUGAUUCCACCAAUCAAUGUUGCCGAAAAUUCUCGAGGACCGUUCCCUCAGAUGCUCGUCAGCAUUCGUUCAGACCAGGAUCAAGACAUCUCAAUACGAUAUAGCAUCACUGGUGUCGGUGCAGAUCAGCCCCCUAAUGAGGUAUUCAACAUUGACCCUGUGCUUGGGAAAAUGUUUGUCACCAAACCUUUGGAUAGAGAACAUCGGUCGUCCUACCACCUCCGAGCACAUGCUGUGGACAUGAAUGGAAACAAAGUGGAGAAUCCCAUUGAUCUGUAUAUCUUUGUUAUCGACAUGAACGACAACAGACCGGAGUUUAAGAACCAGGUCUACAAUGGCUCCGUGGAUGAAGGCUCAAAACCAGGAACCUAUGUAAUGCACCUGUCCGCCUUUGAUGCUGAUGACAACACAACGGCCAACGGAAUGGUGCGCUAUCGAAUAUUGUCGCAGACACCACACAGUCCCAUCCCAAAUAUGUUCACCAUCAAUAGCGAGACGGGGGAUAUUGUGACGGUGGCACCUGGUCUCGAUCGAGAGAAAGUGUCGCAGUAUACCAUAAUUGUUCAAGCCACAGACAUGGAGGGCAACCUGAAUUUCGGUCUGUCCAACACAGCAACCGCCAUCAUCUCUAUCACCGACAUAAACGACAACCCCCCCAUGUUAACCUCGAGAACGUUUUCCGGUGAGGUUCCUGAGAAUCGAGUGGAUGUUGCAGUAGCUAAUCUGACAGUGAUAGACGCCGACCAACCACAUUCCCCCAACUGGAAUGCUAUUUACAGGAUCAUCAGUGGUGACCCAUCCGGGCACUUCACCAUUCGCACUGACCCUGUAACCAAUGAUGGCAUGGUGACUGUAGUAAAGGCGGUUGACUUUGAGAUGAACCGAGCCUUCAUGCUGACAGUUGUGGUGUCCAACCAGGCCCAUCUGGCCAGUGGGAUCCAGUCCUCCCUCCAGUCCACGGCGGGUGUCACCAUAUCUGUGCAGGAUGUCAAUGAAGCACCAUACUUCCCCACAAACCCAAAACACAUCCGAUUUCAGGAGGGCGUUCCAGCUGGCACUAGUCUGACAACCUUUUCAGCCACGGAUCCCGAUCGACUACAGAUGCAGCAGACAAUCAGGUACUCCAAACUGAAUGACCCUGCAGACUGGCUGUCUAUUAACAGAACCAAUGGGCAGAUCGUGACCACAGCAAUCCUCGACAGGGAGUCUGUCUUUGUCAAAAACAACAUAUAUGAAGCCACAUUCCUGGCAACAGAUAAUGGCUCUCCUCCAGCCAGUGGCACCGGCACACUGCAGAUCUAUCUGAUAGAUAUAAACGACAACCCCCCAGCGCUCAUACCCAGGGAGUCUCAGAUCUGUGAGCAGAUGAACAAGAAUGCCAACGGUGUCAAUAUCACUGCCAUUGACGCCGACACUGACUCCAACGCUGGGCCUUUUGUCUUCGAGCUACCUACUUAUCCUUCUGGCAUCAGACCCAACUGGACAAUUACACGAAUCAGUGGCUACUACGCCCGCCUCAGUCUGCGAUAUCAGGUGUAUUUGGAGCCGGGCAUGUAUGAGGUUCCGAUAACAGUGUCAGAUUCGGGAAACCCUACCUUGUACAACAGAUCAGUCAUCAAAGUGAAGGUUUGUCCAUGUGAUUCAAACGGAGACUGCACCACUGUGGGCGCUGUGGCAGCCGCCGGCCUGGGAACCGGCGCAAUCAUCUCCAUCCUGAUAUGCAUCAUCAUUCUGCUCAGCAUGGUCUUGCUGUUUGUGGUGUGGAUCAAGCGCAGAGAGAAAGAGAGGCACACCAAACAACUGCUCAUUGACCCUGAGGAUGAUGUCAGGGACAACAUACUGAAAUACGAUGAAGAGGGAGGGGGAGAGGAGGACCAGGACUACGACCUGAGCCAGCUGCAACAGCCUGACUCUUUGGAGCACAUCAUCAGUAAACCUCCCGGUGUCCGCAGGGUAGAUGAACGGCCCAUCAUCCCAGAAUCCCAGUACCCUAUCAGGCCUGUUGUGCCUCACCCUGGCGACAUCGGAGACUUUAUACAUGAGGGGCUACGAGCUGCUGACAAUGACCCCACAGCCCCUCCUUAUGACUCUCUGCUGGUGUUUGACUAUGAGGGCAGUGGCUCCACCAUUGGAUCGGUCAGUUCUCUCAACUCCUCCAGUACGGGGGAGCAGGACUAUGACUACCUCAACGACUGGGGUCCUCGCUUCAAGAAACUGGCUGACAUGUAUGGAGGCGGGGAGGAAAAUUAAUCUCACAUGAACACACGCACUCACUCACCCUCGUCCUGUCAACUGGCCUGGAUUGCUCUGUCCCGUCAACACCGGGGGUUAUUACUGAAAACAAUAAAGUUCACACAGACCGAUCGACCAAUCAAAUUAACAACUCCAGAAGUCUGGCGUUGUUCCACGUUUGACUGAGCAGAAGCUUUGAAUAGCUGGGUUAUCAUAGUUUUUCAUGUGAACAGUCAAGCCCAAUUUUGGCUUCAGUCGUUUCUGUCAGAUUUGUUUUUGUGCCUUUUUUCCCAGUGGCUUUUUUUAGUUUCAGUGUUGUUUUUCCUUCUCUCUCCACAAGAGUCGUUCAUUACUCCUGAAGGUUUUCACUUUCCUCUCUCUGUCAGCCCCUGCCUGCCUCCCUCCAGUAGAUAUAGGUUUUCAGCCUCAUUGUCUAGGGGACAAAAAGAACAAGAACCCAGAUAUGACAGUCCCUCAUGUUUGUAGGGCCCUGGUUUAUUCUCUCUUGAACUUGAAUUACAUAGAAUAGAAGCACUGUUGUUUAAAAAAGAAAUAAAAAGUGCCUUCAGUGGUGCGUAUUUUAACAGACUCCCUCUAACUCAGGAUAAGUUUCCAUUUUCCUGACCCUUUAACUCAGACCUUCCCAUUGUCCUGCAAGACUAUGGUAGCUGCGUGAGGUGCCAGUGCCAGAGAUUUCAACCGGCAAACGAGAGGCGUGUUAUGUAGACGUGCACUACACUGGCCAAUAUGGAGCAAUCCAAAAAUGUUUUAGAUAUUAUUGAUGUGUCCUCGAAUGGCAGCCAACUUAAAUGUGGUUGUAAAGAUCACAGCAAUUCAAGACAGGACUGUCGUGGAAGAGUGUCUUUGUUACUUCUGUGAAGUCGGCCCCCCAUCAGACGCAAUUGUAUAUAUAAAAAAUGUCAUGCGUUAGUUAGUGGUGGUUUGUGCUGAAAAAAUAAUAGUUUGUGGUGCUAUCGUUUUUGAGAUAUUAAAAAUUCUUUUAUAGGUCAAUGAGGUCAACCAGCCCCCCCUUAUGAUUAAAAAUGGCUAAAAAAUGUGACAAUCGUUUGUGCUACAUUUGUGCUGUCAAAAUUUUCGUUUGUACUGCUAUCGUUUUGAGGUAUUGAGAUAUUAAUUUCGAGUGAUGAUGUCACGCAGCCCCCCAAUUGCAAAAUUAACCCAAAAUGGUGCCAUUCUUUAAUGCUAAGUUUGUGCUGUAAAAAAUGUCAUCUGUGCUUCUAUUGUGUUAUAGAUAUUGAGAUAUUAAUUUUGAGUGAUGACGUCAACCGCAGUGCCUUCGUCGCGGCUGGCGAGGCAUACCAACUCUCUCAUAAACAGAGGGGUGUACCAACAACUGGCGCAAACGAAUGGAUACCCUUUGGGUCUAUUUUUCAGUAAAUAGGGGCUUGAGAUAUUAAUUUCGAGUGAUGACGUGACUUGCAGCCCCCCAUUUACUGCAAAAUGGACCUGAAACGGGUGCCAUUCAUUUGUGCUAUGUUUGCAAUAGUUGUUGGGCCACCCCUCUGUUAUUGAGAGAGUUUGUACGCCCCAUCAGCCGCUCCUGUUAGGGGAUGGAAGAGCUGCAAGUGAAGCAAUCACUCAAAAUUAAUAUCUCAAUUUAUUAAAACGAUAGCAGCACAAACGAAAUUUCUUACAGCACAAAUGAAGCAAAAACGAAUGGCACCAUUUCGGAUCCAUUUUGCAAUAAAUGGUGGGCAGCGUGAGGGCAUCACUCGUAAAUAAUCUCUCAAUAUCUCAAAAACGAUAGCAGCACAAAUGAAACUUUUAACAGCACAAACGAUUGACACCAUUUUUAGCCACUUUUAAUCAAAAUGGGGGUCUGAUUGACCUCAAAUUGCAGCACAAACGGGCACAUACCUAGCACAAACAAAUGACAUAAUUUUUCGAUAAAUUUGCAUCUGGUGAGGGGUCAACUUCACGGGGACGUCUUUGUUGUGGCUUCGCUAGCAGCUGUGUUUGUUUUGAGCUUGCUUUGUUCAUAACCUAUCAUGUGAGUCAGCUUGCAGCAGAGACGUGUCCAGUCUAAUGUGGGUCGAUGAGGAUACUUAGCCUUUAAGGUUUGCAUGCGUAUCCACUCAACCAUUUUCUCUUAAUCCCUUCUGGCAAAGAACAAAAAAAAAAUUCCUAAAACUUUGCAAAUACAAAGUAAAAGAACAGACGAGAGGAAUUCAAUUGUUAUGCCUGUUCAAUCCCAUGCUCUUUUCCUUGCUUGUAUUCUUAUUUUGAUUGAGUCACUGAUGUUUCUUGACAAUGUCUAAAUAUAAAAAUGUUGGUGCUCAGUGGGAUUGAGGGAUUUGAGCCUCAGCCAGGGAUUUCUCAGCCCCUCAAUCUGUCUCUCUUCAGGCACACUUCAACAUUCAUCUGAAAUGUUCCCCUGAAGUUUUUGGCUGCGAGUUAAAAAGUUUUCAUGAAGAAGUUAAAGUCAGCAAAAGUUUGUUAUGAAGUUAUGAAGCGCCAUAUCAAAGUUGGCUUGUUAAAUCAGACUCUUUAACACAUAUACUAGUAUUUUAUCAUAAGAGGUUUUGUUGAGACUGACGGAAACAGCAGCUCUGCUUAUGGGCUUGUGUCAUCAUAUUUUACACUACUCCAUUGGUGAACAGAAAUAAAGACUUAUAAAUGGUGUGCUUAAAUUAUUCAAACAUGCAAAUGGAUCCAGAAAAGAGUGGGCGGAAAACAUUCCUCAGUGAUGGUUAGUUUGAAGCUGGGUGACUGGACUGAUUGUAUUCCUGGAGGAAAAAUAAAAUGAUGCAUCUCCUUGAACAAGGCUCAUUGGCAAGAAAUGGGAGACUAGGAUUAUUUGUAUCCACCAGACGGGACAAGAGACACUGAAGAAACAAUGCAAAUAUCCGUAUAAGAGAGAAAGGAUAUGAUAUAUUCUUUUAGGUGAACAGGGUCAGAAUCUCAUGAUUCAGAAGCAAACAGGUACAGAUUGCGCUUUGCAGUGCAAAACUUGACAGCCAUGUUUUUUCCCAACCGCUGUCAGUUUAAAGUGCAAUCAGUGUAGAAGCAAGGAGCGAUUCUUGCUACCUACGGAUUAGCGCUUAUCUCCCGGUUGCUCCUCCACCUCCCAAAUAUCCUCACAAAAUAAACACAGCUGUUACUCUCCACUAUCUGUGAUUUGUGUGACACUGACACAUAAAUGUUGUAUAUUAUAUGGAACCUUUUUUAUAUAUACAUUUGUUCACAUGAAUCACGUGAUUUUGGUUUUCGCUCUGCAAGUGAGACCAGAGUCGGUGAGGUAGGCAUCCCUACUAAAAAGCCAUGGUGAAGAGAACCUGAUGGGUUUUGAACACACUUGCACAGCCAUACUUUCGCCGCUCCACCUGAGCUUUGUUAGAACAAAGAGUGAAGCCUCUGUCAACCCAAACUGGCUUAUACAGUCCAGCAGACACACACUUAAAUAUAAAUACGCAAACACUCUUCUACGCCUUACUGUACAUAUGCGAGUGCAAUUAGUGUUGUUGCAAUUCCUCUGCAAGGCCUAAACAGCCCUCUAACUGGUCGCUCUCUGAGGACAAAGGGACGUUCUUUGAUGUUUAUAAUCUCGGAGCAGACAUCCAGAUCUAAUUAAGGGGCAAACGCAACAGUACAUUAACACAUAUUGACCUUUCAUAACAAGGCACUGUUCUAAUGUUGCAUGUUGAAAAACUGUAACUAUUCAUUUGUGCCAUCAGGAAAUAUUCAGUUUUGAAACCUGAACUGAGUGGAAAGAUGACAAAUAAUGAAAGACCAUACACACAUAGGACCCAUAAAAGGGUAUGGUCGCUACGACAACAAAGUUUUGUUGUUUUCUUACAAAUCUCUCAAGUUCAAAUGUAAAUAAUAUAAUUUUUGCUCGCCAAAAAGACCAAGUUUAAUGUACGACUGGAGAUUUUCUGCAUGGUUUUUUUUUGUUUGUUUGUUUUUUAUGAUGGCCAGAUGAGUUCUAUCACAGUAACCAUACGACGUGAGAACAUUUCGCAACCCGCAUGACUACGGUUGCAUGGAGUUCCGGCAAACCAUAUCCACAAGCGUGAGAUGAAAAGUUAUACCGAAAAUUGCACAGGUGUUUAAUCUUUAAGAAAACAUUUUUGUAAAUUGUCAACAGCACAAGCAUUUUGUAUUGGUGUUUGUACCCAUUUUGUAAAAAAGAAAGAAAAAUGAGCCAAAAAGACUAUGUUGUUUCAAGCGUGUGUUUUUAGUGCCAUUGCAAUUUUGAUUUCCAAAUACCGUACAGUAUACAUGCGCAGCCAUGCAUAUCAACAUUGUAAAAUAGAUGCUGAGCUGAAGCACCAUGUGUUAUAAAUGAAUAAAAAAAAAAAAAAAGA